CCAAAGUUCUGGAACUUGAAGAGUUCCUAUUGCCACAGAAAUCUGCGGAUUCCUUUCUGUAGUUGAACAUCAACAUUUCAUCUUCAGAGACUGCUGCCUCAGGGAGAAAAAUGCCAGCCUCUUUAAGAAAACUACAGCAAAUGGCUAUUUAUCUGGGGCUGUUAAGUGGUGGGGGAUGUGCUGUGAUGUAUUAUCUUAUGCAAAAAAAUUUUGCCAGGACACAGUAUUAUCAGCUGGCUAUUGAGCAGCUUAAGAAUGACCCUGUAGCCUUGGAGGCACUGGGGGCCCCCCCUCUUAAAGUUCACAACAUCAGACUGACAGACAAGAGUAAUCGCGUUGACAUGGCCGGAGCACAGUUAAAGAUACCAGUAUCUGGAACAAAAUCAGCUGGAUAUCUCCAUACCAAUUCAGUAAGAGACCUCUCCUUUAACUGCUGGCGUCUCCGAGAUGUCACCUUGAAACUCAGGGAUGGUCAGAGUAUUCCAGUGUACCAUUCGUGUGUGGAGAGCACCAACACACAGGAGGGAUGAAAAAGAAAGACAGCUGCUUUGCACAUCCUGUCACUUGAGGAUCUAUUGAUUGGUUGCAUAUUACUGUGUACAUUCAGUAUUGUCACAAAUGGACAAUUUCAGUUAAGUGGACAAUCUUACAGUCCAAUUAUUUCUCUAGCACUGAGCUCAGUGUUGGUAUUGUUAAUUUCAUUCUUUUUUAUUUGUGUGUAUGGCAGAAACCCAAAAUAAAGAUUUUACAGUACUA